CUACUUCCAUUUGUAUAGUUAGCUUAUAACGAAUAUGAUUUGAUUAUAGAUACUUUUGAUUUCUCCCUCUAUUUAUUAUUUUUAUAAAAGUCUCCAUAUUUAUUUAUUUCUUCAGGAAGAAGCUGCUGGAAAGCGUAGAAAACUGCGUAAACUAAGCACAAUGUAUCUGCAAGCAAAAUCUGAACUGGAAGAUCUAAAGAAUGAACAUACUCGUGAAAUGGAAGGUUUACUGGAUAAUAUACGCCAACUUAGUAGAGAAUUAGCACACCACACAUUGAUUAUUGACAGAUUUAUUCCACAACCAUAUCAAGUAAUUUGCAAGCGGUUAUUAGAGAUUAGAUUUGUGUUUUGGUGCAUAUUUGUAGACGCUUUCAAUGCUCUCAUAUUAGUAUCAUUUUUGUCAAGAGAGUUAUGCACUUUUCCAAACAUCAAGUCUACAUUUAAAGACUGGAAUUUAUUUAUAUUCAUAGUAUGUCAUUAUAAUAGCAACGAUUAUUUUUGAGUUAAAUUGAAGACUUAAGUUUUUUGUGUCUCCUAAAUGCAUCCGUUCAAGUUGUCACAUUUCAUAAAGUAUACGUAAAGUUAGAAAGAAAAUGAAAUCCAGAAAAACUAUACGAAGUGGAAAUGUAAAGGAGGAAGCAUGUAGGCUUAA